AUGAAAUUGAAAUUAAGAAAAUGUCAGCAAUUAAUUUAUAAACAAAAGCUAAAAAUUUCUAUACUUCAAAAUAAAGCUAAAAAUUAUAGUAGUGGGAAUAAAGAACAAAUAUUAACUAAAUUUAAAAGUAAUUCAAUUGUACGAAUGCAACUGAGACUUAGUCAUCUUAAAAGAAAAGGUUGGAGGUUUAAAGAAAUGGAAAAAUCAUUUGCACUCAGUCUAUACUAUAACUCUCCAAAAGCUUACACAUUUAUGAGAAAAUUCCUUUGCCUUCCAACCAUCAGAUCAUUAAGAAAAUGGCUUCAACUAUUAGAUGUAUCUUGUGGCUUAAAUGAAAAUGUACUUGAGAUACUAAAAACAAAAUUUAUUGAUGCUGAGCCCAAACACAAACUGGUUUCUAUAAUAAUAGAUGAAAUGUCAAUUAAAUCAUUUAUAUCCUAUAAUUCUCAAAAUGAUCAGUUUCAUGGGUUUGAAGAUUUUGGAAAUGAUGGUUUAGUGGAUUCAAAAAAUAAUAAGUAUUGCAAUCAAGCUCUGGUAGUCAUGAUAAAAAGUUUAAUAAUGCCUUGGAAACAGGUAAUUGGACACUUUUUUUCAAAUGGACCAGUGUCAGGUCAUAGAUAUAGUGGCUUCAACAAUAAAAAAAUUAAAUGA